CACAAUUUUGUAGGAAACUCUAUGGCUUGGCACACUUAGAUAGAGUGCUCUUAGCAAUGCUCCCGAUGGCAUCAGCAUCAGCAUCAUUGUUUAGUUUCGUUUAUCGUUUGAGUUUUCGCCUUUACAAUUUCAUGCGUCUUUUCCGACGCUUAAUUUCAAUCCCCCAGCCGCUUCGCAGAGAAAAAAACAGCAUAAGAUGACAAAUGCAUUAAGUUUUGUACGCCGAUCGCUCACUUGCCACAUGCUUGACGUUAGGUUGUCGAUGCAGAGGCGGCUACAUGGCGACGCACGCAGCAGUCGAUUCCGCAUUGUGCGCAAAGCUUCGGCGAUUUGCGGUGGUGCCAUCUGUCUCGGAAUUGGAGGCUACAUAGCGUGGACUCGUGAACCUGCAUAUUUCCAAAAGGUUCUCGCCUCUUCUCCCAAUACCGUGGAAUCUAUGAGUGUGAGUGAUUACUCGAAAGUUUCAAGGCGGCAAGCGCAACUGGAAAACGCGAUCAACUAUGCUCACGAACUACUCAUACGAAAGAAGGAUGAAUGGGGUGUACCUGGCAUCGUCGUGGCCGUGAGUGUUGACGGCAAGACGGUUUGGACCGAAGGUCUCGGCUACGCUGAUGUUGAAAAUAGAGUGCCAUGUGGGAACCAAACAGUGAUGCGCAUAGGCAGCAUCAGCAAGCCAAUUGCCAUGAUGACUGUUGCAAAGCUGUGGGAAGAAGGGAAGAUUGACCUGGACAAGCCUAUUCAUGAUUAUGUGCCAAGUUUUCCCAAGAAAACAUUCGAUGGCAAGCCAGUUGUAAUCACCUUGAGAGAUCUGGUUUCUCAUGUUGCUGGGAUACGUCACUAUGCCACUUCCAAGAACAGCCCACCUACAAAAGAUGCAAGCUGUAGAGACUCAGAGUGCCCAGAGUUUUAUAGCAACAAGAAGUUUAGUACUACUGAAGAGGCUUUGGAGAUAUUCAAGAAUGAUCCUCUCCUGUUUGAGCCGGGUACAAAGUACCAUUACAGCACGUAUGGCUGGACGCUGAUUAGUGCAGCGGUUGAAAAUGCAAGCAAGGAGCCCUUUGCAAGCCACCUGAGAAGGCUGCUGAAGACGCUUGGCAUGAAAAAUACAUUCCUGGAUCAGAAUGAGCCUAUUAUCUACAACCGUUCAAGGUUCUACACCCGCGACAAAUCGGGCAGCCUUGUGAACACGCCCAGCGUGGACUGCUCAUACAAGUGGGCCGGUGGCGGCCUCCUCUCCACUGUGAAUGAUCUCGUAUGCUUUGGCAACGCCAUGCUGUACUGCGCCCAGGCUGAUGGGAACAAGCACAAAAUCGGCUACCUGCGGCCAGAAACCGUACGCAUGCUGUGGACCCCACAUGCCAAGGUGCACAACAACUGGGAGAAAACAUUCUUCCAGAGCUAUGGCAUGGGAUGGACGCUGACGGAAACGGGCGAAAAUCCCGGAGGCUGCGUUGAGUGGCCCGCUUUCGCGGCGUACCACACGGGAGGAUCUGUUGGCGGCACAUCGGCACUUGUGCUGUUGCCUUCUGCCUGGAAUCCUGAGGAAACCAACAGCACAACAGGGGUGAACUCUCCAAGCCCUCCUAGAGGUGUAGUUGUUGCCGUGAUUGGUAACAUCUCUAAUGCUGGUUACGGAAACAUGGCUGUUGGAAUUGCCAGGGAGUUUGCACAACUCUGCUCUUAGAGGGAUGCAGUGUUAGGGUGCUGGUGUGACGUGUUCCAAGGAUCAAUAGGUGAUGGAAAUGUUCGAGUGGCUGCCUUCAUCUCCAGGCUGUCUUUUUUUUAUUUGUUAUUGUCAUCAUUGUUUGUCAGCCAUUUGAAACUAGGCUGUCCCCUUUACUUAUGAACAUCCAUAGCAAACGUCACUUUUUUACAAGGGAAGCUUUUCCUUCAUUCCAUGUGCAGUCUUACCAUGUGCUGUAUAAAGUUAAGGAAUUCUAAUGUCCUAACACCUUUUAAAGCACAUGAACAAAUAACCAAAGUUUUAUAAAUGUGCAUUUGAACAUGCUUCAUGCUUGCGAAUUUUUAUAUGCAUGUAGCAGGUUCUAAGUAUUGCAUGCGAUAUAUAUUAUCAGUAGCUGUUUUAUUGCUUUUCGGUUAUUUCCUGUGGGCCAAUUUAUAUGCACCACCAACCUGAAUACUUGUCAAUUGAGUGGCAAAAUAUUGGCCAACAGUUAAAGAACUUGAAAGGAAAUGUUUCAAUGACAAUUUCUGACAAUUUACGACAAUUUAUGACAAUUACAACAAUUUCUUGUCUUAUUUCUGCACGCGCUGUUUUCUCACAGUUGCUUGUUUUUGUUCUUUUUUUUUACACAUGCAUGUAGUAAUGUCAAUGUCUUGUGUGCGACAUUAUGAGUGGCAUUAUGACAUUCACUUUUAUUAUUUUCUGCACGCCAAAUUUACAUGUAGUGGUAAUAAAAAACCCUGAGGACACCUAA